UGGCAAACAAUAUACUUUAAAAAGAUGGCUUUGGACAACAUCCAUAUAGUAUAGAAUGUUCAUCACAUGGAACCUAUGGAAUAUUGUACAUUGUUAAGCUGACGGAUUUGCUAACUGGUCCUUUUAAUGAGCAAAUCUGAGUCCCUGCUGUGCAGUAGGAAAAGAAUCUUCUUUCUGGCGUCUAAGGUUUUUCUCACUAUGCCACCAAGUGGCUUGAAAUGGAUUAUUUCUAAAAGCUGUUCGAGUAAAAGCUGCUUUUCUUUACUACUACUGUCACAUCUGGAUGCAGCAAGCAGUUCGUGAAUAAUCUGCAAAGGAGGAACAAAGCGACAGUACAGUGUUUUGAUAAAGCUGAUCAUUGAAAACACCAGUUUGAGCUCAUUUUAAAAUCUGUUAAUCAUUAAAAUUUAUUUCUGUUUUUUCACCUGGAUUUUCAGACAAAAUUAUACAUGGGGAUUCGUGAGUUUCCUAACAGCAGCAGUAGAGGAAAACCAGUAUUCAUAGGGAUGAGAAGAUCGCCAGAUGUCAGCCCCAGAAGGUUGUCAGAUAUAAGCCCUCAGCUGCGACAGCUUAAGUUUCUGGUUGUAGAUGAAGCUAUCAAAGAGGAUUUAAAGUGGUCCAGGUCAGUAGAAGACCUAACUAGCACUUCUGUUGGAUUAACAUCAAUUGAGGAAAGGAUACUUCGGAUUACAGGCUAUUACGGCUAUCAACCUUGGGCUGCUAGCUACAAAAGGGAGGAGUGCCCUCGAGAUAGUCCUGCUCAGGUAGAAGUACCAGUUCCUGCAGCGGUACAAAGAACUGGAAGACUGAACCGCUUUUGUGUGAAGUGUUCUGCAGCUCUUUUAAAGAAGAUAUGUUGGGCAGUGGUGGUAGUCAUUUCUGUCUGUUCUUCCUGGUCAGGAUCAACUCAGCUUGCAAGAUUUACUAUGAAAAACUUUGAUGCACCGGGUGUGAUCACCUGGUUUGCAACCAUCUGGAAUUUUUUGUUUUUCCCUCUGUAUUACCUGGGACAUUUAUGUAAGUCUACAGAGAAGCAGUCCCCAAAAGAAAGAUACAGGGAGUGCUGCAGAUUUUUUGGAGAAAAUGGACUUACUAUAAAACUGUUCUUCAUUAAAGUUGCUCCAUUUGGUUUUCUUUGGACACUGACAAAUUACCUGUAUCUACAAGCAAUAAGGCAGAUUGAUACCACUGAUGUUUCAGUGCUUUUCUGCUGCAACAAAGCCUUUGUGUUCUUACUCUCAUGGAUAGUUCUAAGAGACCGAUUCCUGGGGGUUAGGAUUGUAGCGGCUAUUCUUGCUAUGGCAGGCAUUGUGCUUCUGAACUAUGCUGAUGGGUUUCACAGUCAUUCAGUUAUAGGAAUCGCACUGGUAGUGUCAUCUGCAUCUGCCUCAGCACUUUAUAAGGUUCUUUUCAAACUACUGCUGGGCAGUGCAAAGUUUGGAGAAGCAGCCCUGUUUCUGACACUUCUGGGAGUGUUUAAUGUUGCAUUCAUUACCUGCAUUCCAGUCAUACUGUAUUUUACCAAAGUGGAACACUGGAACUCCUUUGAAGAUAUUCCCUGGGGAAAUCUUUGUGGAAUUGCUAUUCUUUUACUAACCUUCAAUAUCAUAGUAAAUUUUGGAAUUGCUGUCACUAAUCCCACUCUGAUAUCCCUUGGAAUUGUUCUGAGUGUCCUGGUAAAUGCAGUUGUUGACCACUAUACCAGUGACAUCGUCUUCAACGGUGUUCGUGUAGUUGCUAUCCUGAUCAUUUCCAGUGGAUUUUUGUUGCUGCUUUUGCCAGAAGAAUGGGAUACAUGGGCAUUAAAGCUACUGACACACAUCAAAGUUCGGAAAAAGGAGGAGACUAUUGAAGUACAAGGAGAAGCAGGACAGUCAUUUCGUAACAAGUCCAAAGGAGUGCAGUCUUUAGAGUCAACAUUUAUGCACUAGAACAUUUGGUUAAAUCACGGUGUUCUAGCAGUAAAUGCAUACACAUCUUCUUCCCUUUUGAUUAUUUUCUUUUUUCUUGUUUAAGUUAUACCCACCAAGGCUGACCCAAACAGAUCCAUUUAUUUGCUAAGUGCCAGUUUCUGCCUGUGUUGUAGAAAGAAGAACUCCAGCUGUUUCAGGCUGGAUCUGGAUUCAUUUGUAUGCAGAUGUGUCUACACAUGGUUAACACAUACUGACAUUUUGGGCAUCCAUUAUAUGCUUGUGGGGAAUUCAGUUCAUAGUUCCACUCAUGAAACUUAAUAUAUGUAACAGCCCCAUGGUCCUAGCAACUUCUGUAUGCACUGAACUUGUGCUAGACAGUGGCAAAUCUAACAGCUUGAAAACUAAGGUUCUACCGUGGGCAAGCCAUCCUGGCUGUGAGUUAUUUCACAGAUGGUCCUACAGGCAGCCCCAUCCUGUACAGUCUCAGUCUUUUCUUUGAUGUUUCUGGCAGUGCUGACCAAGGUAUGAUGCUACAGAAGAGUAAAGGAGGUCAUGCCAAGUGUUAGCUGACAACGGUGGUUCUCUGAGUAGAUGCAGUCAACAGAUGGCAAUGUCUUUCUUCCUGUUCCAUGUUUCUUUUCAUGAUAAGUCCCUGGUGAAAUGAUUUUACACCUGAAGGUAGAGUCCCAGAGUUAUGCACUGUAGCUGCACCACCACAUAAAAAGUUGACUACUAAGGAAGCACAUGCAUUUAGAAAAAUGUGUAUAUUUAUACAGUUUUUUUAACUACUAUAUCUUGAGUGUACAGUUCCACAUCUUUAUAAAUGUCUACACUUUUAAACAUGACUCUCAUGUGAAGCAUGGACAUUCUAUCCAUUUAAACGGGAUGUAACAUAUAUUCCAGCUGAUUUCUAAAUCAUAAAAAAAGCUUUUUUUCAUGGAAAUUAUAUUGUGAUGAUCAGGAACCAGGAAACUCCUGCAGAAAUUUGUUACACACACUGUGAUUUUUUUUUCUUUUUUAUCAAGAAUGCUAUUUCUGCUACAUUAUGGUUUUAAUUAUGGUAUUUGCAAUCAUUUCAGCAAAAAAAAACAACUAAGUAAGAAGUCAUAUUUAUUUAGCAGGAAAGGGCAGGAAAUGUGUAUAUGAAGCAUGUUGUACCCUGAGAAAAACACUCAUAAUGUCAUAAACAUGUUAUUAGAAUCACAGUUAACAUGUGGUCUAAAGCACUUUCUACCCUGUUGGGUUAUAAAGCAUUGAAAAUAUUUCUGAGGUCAUGCAUAAGGGAAGCAGUGCCUUAUACAAAGUGUUACCCUAUAGUCCUGUUUAGGACUAAUCUGACCUGCAUGCCUCCUAUAUAUUACUAGCAUAAAUAAAUACAUACAUAAAUAAACAUAUGUUUUAUAUACAGUAAAGCCAUUUAUGUUACCAGUAGGAGGAACAAAACUAGAUAAUAAUGAAAUAAUUAAAGAGCUGGUCUCUUCUGAAAACAAAAUUUAAAUGUAUAUUAAUUGUCUUUCUGUGCAUCAUGUUCUAUAUAGUUUUAAUACAUGUAUUUUAUAAAUUAUCUGAUUUAUUAACACCAAAAACAUAUUUUGACUGUAGCAUUUUUGUGAAUGCAACAUCAGAUCUCUAGGAUACGAUGUAUUUAUUUACAUUUUGUCCAUUCCAUCUUUGUAAGGUAGAUAGACACAUUCUCUGAACAUGUACAGCCCAAGGGAUCAUAUGAUUCCUAUGCAAAUAGAACAGCUUCCUGUUUACUGUGAAUAUAUGCACUUUUUUAAUGUCUGCCAUACCAGAAUAGCAUUCUUUAAGGUUGUUAGCUUUAAAGAAGGAAGACUUCUUUACAUUAUCCAUAAAUUCACUUCUUUAAAGUUUCAGUACUUAGUCAUAAUUGUUUUUUUGUUGUUGUUUUUCUUAUUUUUUUGAAGCAGUUCAGCUCAGCAAUUUUAACUCAGUACAUUUUCUGAAUGAGCUCCUUAAGAUAAAGGCCUACACUUUUGUCCCUUCCUAGCCUUCGAUAGGAGGCACAUUAAAGGCUCUACUGUAGUUUCUUUGUUUUUUAAUACAGAAACAUAGCUUAGGUGGCAUUUUUGCAGGGAUCUAGUGUUAUAAAGUAACACACACACACACACACACACACACACACACACACACACACACACACACACACACACACACAUUUAUAUAUUUCCAGAACUGUACAAAAUAUUCAUGCUGAGGCUAGAUUUGAAAUUAGUACAGCAGAAUGACUACAACAACUCCCUGACGACUGCCAUGGUUUAAGUGAACAUCAUCAUUUAGCCAGCAUUCACUGUAGACAGCAUUAAUUAUUGUUCAUGCUUUAGCCUUUUUUCUACAAAAAAAAAGGUUUGUCACUUCUGCAACAAACCUACAGCAAAAAUAAACCGAGAUGGGUAUUCAUAGAGGUGAAACUCUGCUAUAAGUGUAGCACUUGCAGCUUUUUUAUAGGAAGUCUGGGACUGCAGCAAGUUGAUACAUUAUUUACAUCAUCACACAAUUUGGUAUCACAGCAGUGAAAAAGAGGGGAAGCUAUAUCAUUAACCCUGGCCUGUCUGGAUGCCUCAGCGAAUCAUUGUGUUUAGUAUAGUGUAGUCUACUGACUACUAAUUUUAGCCCACAUCUUUUAUCAUUAGUUAACCUUGUAAGAGUCAUAUAUGGAAUGCUAGUAUGAAUCAGGUUUCUGUCAAGACAUGUUUAUAAUAGACAAAUUGAGAUAAAGUGCUUUAAAAUACUGUUUCUCCCCAAAUUUGCCAAAUAAAAGAGGAGCCAAAUACAUAUGUUUUGUGUAAAAAAAGUACUGUUAACCUCACAGGUGAUUACAUUAAGUAGCAGGGGUAUGGGUCUGCAACUCCUCACAGUUUGGGGGUACAGGGGAUUUGCCUCCUCCUGCAUAAAAGCACUAAUUUAAAAAAAUAUCUCAUUUUUGUGUAUUCAAGAUAGAAUGUUUAGUUACUUCUUGGAGGUCAACUAUAUUUGGUCACUGCACCUUCAAAAAUGGGCAAUGUAACAUAUGCAAUACUGCAACCUAAGUGUUUAUUUCACAGCAGUACAUGGAAACUUAAAUGCUCUUAUAUGUCCGCUGUUAUUUAUUAACACGUUUAACAUUAAUCUUCAAAUCAUCCAGUUAACCAGGUUAAUCAGAUAAUUUAUAAUUAGGUCAACUACAUUUGUCUAAAAAUGUUUUGCUAACCUGUUGUCAAAUGCAGAUACCAGCUCUUAAACAUAAAUAUAUUUUAACAAAUGAAUUGCAAAACUGCUGAAUUUUGUAAACAAUUAUGUUAUAGGGUGGUUAUAGUGAGCAGAUACUGCCUGAUUAAUUAUUCUGUAAAAUAUUGUAUAUUUAUAGCUUGUAAAGUUUACAAUGCCAAAUGCAGAAAUCACACCCUUUUGUAAUUUUGUCAUAAUGCAAAAUAAAAUCAAUAUCUAUGA